AUGUCUUUCCACACUUCCUGCCAGGACAUCCACAUCGUCCACGAGGAUGGCAGCACCAUGCUGUGCUGCGUUGCCCGCGACAGACACGGCGAAUUCCACCCCCGCAAGAUUCGUCUCGACCAGCACAUUGGCAACACGGAUGGCUGGUUCAUUUGGGGCGGUGAGAACUUCACCGAAUCCGCGAGCGAUGUCCGCCUCGAAAUGACCGAGUACGGCCCCAAGCUCGUCGCCAACCUACUCACCCGCGAUGGUGGCUCCCGGGGUCUUCAGGGCAUCAUGCUGUCCGACAAAAUCGCCAACGAGGAUGGACGCUUGAGAUUCUUGGUGGGUUAA